AUGCUAGCAAAGGUGGGGGGUAUCACGGAUCCGAACCCAGCCGACUGUCUGAUAGACGUGGCCACGCCCAACCCGCAGUGGGCGCGCUACCUGGACGAGUGGGACGCAGUGCUGCUGGAGACCACCACGCACUGGCGUUCGCUCUCUAAAGGGCCGCGCAUGGUCUACACGAAUGAGAAGUGGGGCAAGCUGAGCCUCGACCAGUACCAGGCGCACAGCCAAGCUCUGACGAGCGUUCGCACGCACUUCAGCAAUCGCAAGAGGUUGGGGAAGGAUCUGCCUGUUCCGUUCUUCAUGACGGCUCCCCCCCAGCACAACGCCAAGAAGGUUGGCGGCAAGGGCGUGUGCGGGUCACCUGGUCGGAUGCUGAACGCGAAAGAGAUGGGCAAGCUACAGCGCACCAACGUGCAAAUGAAGCUCUUUCUGCCCAUCCAGCAACGGGUCUUCACUCCAACCUCGGGCGUGCGUCGCUUGGACAUCACCACUAUGAGCGCAUUCCGACCCGAGGCACACAUCGGAGGAUUCAUGGGCGGGAAGAAGAAGGGGUCGCACUGGUACGGUACCACCCUUGAGGCGCCUCAAAAGUCAUUGGUGCCAGACGUGUGGGUCGACCUCUUGUACGAGAUGCUCCGCCGGGAACCUCUAAUCAAACCCUCAUCAACACCACUCCUAACUCCCACUAUCCCUUCCUUUCCUCCCUCACCCCACCAGAAGAAGAAAGGGUCCGACUGUCUGCACUGGUGCCAGCCGGGGGUGCCAGACGUGUGGGUCGACCUCUUCUACGAGAUGCUUCGCCGGGAGCCCCUCAUCAACCCCACUCCUGACGGCCUCUACGCUCCAGCGCCUCCGCCCUCUCCUCCCAAGCCUAGCCCCAAACCGAUUCCCAAACCAAGCCCCGAACCAAGCCCCGACCCGAGUACCAAGCCUAGUCCCAAGCCUGCUCCCAAGCCCAGUCCCAAGCCUGUUCCCAAACCUGCUCCCAAGCCUGCUCCCAAGCCUGCUCCCAAGCCUGCUCCCAAGCCUGUUCCCAAGCCCAGUCCCAAGCCUGCUCCCAAGCCUAGCCCAAAGCCCAGCCCCAAGCCUGCUCCCAAGCCUGUCCCCAUACCUACACCCAAACCCACCACCUCGCCCACCCCAUCCCCCCCAGCUUCCAGCUUCAAGCCCCACGAGCCAGGCAGCCCUGGGGGCUUUAAGUGGCGCUCUGUGCUCUCUGACCCUCCUGUUGAAUCUGAUAAAAUGGCGGCUCUGGCACAAGAAGAUGAGCUGUCUACUGGAGCUUGUUGUAACAAUGUUACCAGCAGAGCAGCCAGUGAGGAAGGGCAGCAGCCGCAGCAACAGCGGCAGCAGCAGCAGCAGCAGCAGCAGCAGCAACAGCGGCAGCAGCAGCAGCAGCAGCAACAGCGGCAGCAGCAGCAGCAGCAGCAGCAGCAGCAGCGGCAGCAGCAACAGCGGCAGCAGCAGCAGCAGCAGCAGCGGCAGCAGCAGCAUCGGCAGCAGCAGCAGCGGCAGCAGCACUAG